ACCCCCCAUUCCCUCUCCCCUCUUUCCCAAAAUCAAGUCCACGUUCAGUUCACCCUCCCUACGGAGAGCUUCCGCCACCUGCUAUCCCCGGCCUCGGACCGCUUCCUCGGUUUCUUUGCCCCGCCCCCCGUCGCAGCCGGCACUGCCUCUGCCACCGGCGUGGACGAACUCCACGACGACUUCAUCUUCUGGACCGGCGCCGACCCUCCUCCGACCGCAAACGCUCCCCCAUGAAUUCCUCCCCCGCCGCCGCCGGUCCUAACCCUAACCCUAGCCCUGCCACUCUUUCUCGAGCAGGGUUCCGGCGCCUUGCGGAGCGGAACUUCGGCAUUCUCGCUGCUCUCGCGGACGACGACAAGAAGCGGCCGACGGCGAAGGCCUCCGCCCCGUUCCUCCAGCGGAAGACCGCUGCCUCCGCCGCUUCCGUCGUCUCCGCUUUCUCCUUGUUUGUCUCCACCUCCCCUUCUUCCGCCUCCACCACCAGCCGAAUGAUCUCGGCGGUCCCCAAGCCGAAGCCUCAGUUCGCGUUCUCGAUGCCGGAAGGGAAGAUCUACCACCGGUCUGCGCCGGUGAACGUGCCGGUGGCGUCGAAAGUGAGGGGAGGACGGGGGGAGUUCCAUAUGGACGACGGAGAUUCCGGGGGGGAUGAGGAAAUGCUGCCGCCCCACGAGAUCGUCGCGAGGCAGUUCAGGAGUGGAUCGCCGAUGAACACCUUCUCGGUACUGGAGGGGGUCGGAAGGAAGCUCAAGGGGAGGGAUCUGCGCCGGGUUCGCAACGCCGUCUUGCAGAAAACAGGCUUUCUUGAUUGAUAGUGAGGAAAGUGCUUCCUCCCUCUUAAAAAAUUUUGCUCUUUUGGUUGUGGCUUUAUUAUAUUUUGUGAUUUGGGGAGGUAUUGAGAAUAUUUUGGGGAACCAGUGAGAAUAAAUGAGCAUCUUUUGCCUCUCUGCGUAUUGGGUUAUUUAGUUCGCCUUUGGUUAUAUGCCAAUUAGCUAGCUCUUCUACUUUCAUAGAAUUUACUUGUAUUCUGAUUCUGUUAGAGAAAAUCCAGAUCAUAGAUUGGU